GACCAAACCAAAACCGGCAAGAAAUCAGAAUUCACCCCUAUAAAAAAAACCUAUCCCAACAGUCAGUCAGGCAGACAGUCACAAGAUCCAAACUUUUAAGAUGUCCCUCCCGCCGAGAAACCCCGACCACCGUUCCCCUAAGAGACAACGCUUCCCUCCUCCCGUCCCCGAAGAGGACGAAGAAGAAGAAGAAGACGACGAUUACAGCGCCGCGAGUAUCGGCGAUGAAGAGGACGAAGACUCGGAAGAUGACACCGACGAGAGUUCCGAUGAAGAAGAAGAAGAAGAAGACGUCCAAGUCCCAGAAGAUGUUGGUGACAAUAUUGGGGAUACCCAAUCGAGAAGAUCGGUAAGCAGCAGCAGCCCUGGCUCCUCUUCGUCUCAACAGUUGAUUAAGCUUAAAAGCUCUGAGAUUCUUGAUUGUCCUACUUGCUGUGAGCCACUCAAGAGACCCAUUUAUCAGUGUAGUAACGGACAUUUAGCUUGUUCUUUGUGCUGCCUCAAGUUGAGGAAGAAGUGCCCUUUCUGUAGGUUACCCAUUGGGGAGAUUAGAUGCAGAGCCAUGGAGAAGGUCAUUGAAUCAUCUAUGGUACCUUGUCGUAACUCCACUUACGGGUGUCAACAUACCUCACCAUAUGGGGACCAAUCCACACAUGAGAGGCGCUGUAUGUACGUCGCUUGCUUUUGCCCUUUACCGCAUUGCAACUACACUGGGGCCUACAUGGAUGUACAAACCCACGCUCGUGCUACACACUCGUGGGACGCUGAAAACCUCAUCCCGUUUGUGUUCGACACUCCUCAGAUAUUUAGCAUGAACCUGGCUAAGAAGAAGACUACCAUUUUUCAGGAAGAGAAAGGGGGGGAUUUGGUUGUAGUCCAGGCUUUCAAAGGUACGCAUGGUGGUGUGUGUGUGACCGUGAGCUGUAUCACCCCUAUGUAUGGAUCACCCAACCUCUCAUGCAGUCUAGCUAAACUCAAUGCGUAUACAACACUAAGACUUGGGGUGAGGGUGAAGAAAAUCCAGAAAGUGGUAGAGCCAGAAGAGCCUAAAGAUGAUUUCAUGUUUGUUCCGGAUUAUAUGUUGAGUGGUGAUCACUUGAAGAUGCAGAUUUGCGUUGGAAGUGAAUACAAGUAUGUUCAUAUCUGAGGGAGAUGUGAUAAUAUGGCUCCUCUCAACCUAUUUUGCUAGCUUCUUUUCCCCCCUUAGAAUUAAGAAUCUUGCUCCAUGUGUUGUUUGUAGUCUGCUACAGUGUUAAGCGUAAUUUUAAAUUUUAAAUUUCAUAUUAUUAAGAAAACUCAAUAAACCUUGGUCUUUUAUGGCUUAUGAUCGUAGUAUUAAUUAAAAGUGAAUUGU